UAUACGCUAGUUCAUUCAUAAAUAACACUCUUGAAAUGUGUAUUUUGUAGUGGUCAUUAAUGCAAUUCUUAUUUGAAUACUAUGUAAAAAUGAUCGAUUCCCGCCACAGUCCAUUGUGUUUGAUUGAGUCACCUGAAUGUUAGGUUAACAGUUCGGUAUUGUUAUUACAAAAUUGAUAUAUAAUUACAUUAUUACAUAAAUAACAAUGCUGAAUACUAAUGACGAUGACGAUUUCUUUACGGCAACAAGUGCUUCCAAUUUAGCCAAUCUAUUCGGGACAGCGCCAGGUGCAGACGCCAGCGCGACACUCAUUUACACUGCACCCAAGCAGCCAAAGGUCCCUGAGCCUCCAGAGAGUAGUAAACAGAAGGUUCAGAACAAGCUGAUCUGUGUAAAAACCAUACAACUGUACCAUCUGGUUGAAACCGAAUUCGCGCAUCUGGGCAAAUAUGGGAUUGCAAUAAUUGGGGAUUCCGUCGCCAAUUCGUAUAAUUUAAUUGUGUACAAGACUAAGCAAAAUAUAAUAAGCAGCAGUAGUUUGAACAAGAAUUUCGUUUAUAACGAGCAGGAGUGCGUCGGUUCAUUUUGCGAUGAUUGGAAGCAGACGAUGCGCGUGCAUUUCGACGAUCUGAAGGAUUCCAAAGACUUUUCGCAGGAGCUGACCAGAGUCGGAGUUCAGGUGAAAGUUAUCAAGAUGGAUUUGGAGGAUGGUAACGACUGCAUGUCGGAUAGUUCCGGUGCUCAGGCUAGGGCUAACAUUCUGGAUAGGAUAUCGAAAGUUGGGCAAUCGAUACUGCCGAACUCGAAGAACGUGGAUUUAAGCGAAUCCGAGAUUGAGGAUGUAGUCAAAGCAAAGCGACCUGUCCGAAAACAGAAGAGGCAUUCCAUUUCGGAGAAAGAUAGCAUUCCCGAAAAGAACCAUUCGGAUUUGCAAGAGCCUAGCAAUCAGCAGUUCAUGGUGCCGGUAUCGCAGGCUCCAAGCUACCAGCAGCAGCAGUACAUGCUGCUCAAUGGUCAGUACGUGCCGAGUAAUAUGAUGCAGCCAAACCAAAUGAUGAUGCCCACUCAGAUGAUGCCUCUGAAUGAUCCUUUUAACAUAUACUUCGCGGAGAGCAGGAGCCACAAUAGCGAGGUUCGCAUGAACUUAACGCAGCUUUCGAAUAAGUUGGAGACGAUGAUGUCGGAAAUAACCAAAAUGAACGUCACUCCGAGUUUCUCGGAAACUGAUUACUUGCACGAGAAGAUCAAAGAGUUGGAACGGAAGCUGACGCACUUGUCGAAAGGCGAUUCGACUGAAGCGAGCGAGGCGAAAGCUUUGGAGUUGAAGCAAGCUAACGACGCUUUGCAAAUAAACAUCAAUGAAUUAACAGAGAAUAUCCAAUCCAAGGAUCAAAUGCUUGAACUGCUUCAGAAAGAGGUGUCCACGCAAAGACUGAAGAUCAAGGACCUCGUGGAGUUUUUCGAAGACAAUAGAGAUUCCAAGAUGAUCAUUGUAGAUUUGAACGAGCAAUUGUCGAAUUUGCGUCUAAAACAGGAGACUUCGGAAGUCAGAUUGGAGGAGCUGCAGGAGGAGGUGGCGCAGAGCAAUAAGCUUAUUGAAAACCAAAAGUUGAAGCUGAAAGACUUCGAGGAGUAUCAUAAGAAACACGCUGGACCGGACAAACUGGAGGCGGCAAGGCUGGAAGAGCUGCAAACCAAAGCAUUUAGUGACUUAGUGAAGGAGAGCAUGAACUCCAUGUAUCAGAAUAUAUUGGAGAGGAUGGAGAACGGCGGUGCCGGAGAUGUGAAGCGAGCGCUGAUGCAGAACAUGAAGAAGGCCACGUUUCAGAUCAUCGAGGGAUACAAUGAGAAUCGAACCGGAAGCAGCAAGGGCGGCGGCGAUUCCGGUCCGCCGCCCGUGCCUGAAUUCGAGGUCACCGUUUGAUGAUUCCAAACAAAAAAAAAAUGAAAGCACACCAACAGCAAGGACAUAUUGUGAUAAGAAGUCUGUGAAAUACUUUAUUGGAAACUUACAAUUAAAUUAUUGUUAAUGCUAAGAUUAAGAUUUUUUUAGAGAUAGCAAAGCAUAUCUGUAUUGUCUUUUAAAAUGUUUUUUAUUAUAAAUCAAAAUUAUUUU